AUGGGCUUCCCGUGGUAUGGCUUCGCCUGGAGUGCUCAGGUCUUCACCGCCAGUAGUGCCCUGGACGUCCUGGUGAUAGUUUUGUACUUCCUGUUGGUCCUGGGCAUCGCGCUGUGGGCUAUAUUGUCAAGCAGUCGUGGGACAGUAGAAGCCUUCUUCCUGGCUGGCCGAUAUCUAGCAUGGUGGCAGAUAGGUGCUUUUCUUUUUGCCUCGAAUAUUGGCACUGGGCACUUUAUGGGCCUGGCUGGAAAGGGGGUGUCUUCAGGGAUUGCUGUUGGGGCCUUCGAGUGGAAUGCUCCAUUUAUGCUCUGUGUUCUUGGUUGGGUAUUUUCUCCCAUUUACAUUAAGGCUGGGGUGGAGAUCUGCACUGGCGCCAUGUUCAUGAGGCUGGUUUUGGGGUUGGAUGUUUACCUGGCCACCGUAGUCUUGCUGUCAGUUACUGGCAUUUAUGCCAUCACAGGUGGUUUUGCGGCUGCAGUUUAUACUGAUAUCUUACAUGCUGGCGUUGUGGUUCUGGGCUCAGUCUUGUUAAUGGGCUAUGCCUUUAAGGAGGUAGGAGGAUACCAGGAGCUACAGCAUAAGUACAUGGAUGCUAAGCCCACCCUCAUCCGUGAAGGAAACUGGACCGCCCAGCCGGAAUGCUUCAUUCCUCGUCUGGAUUCUUUCCAUAUCUUCCGAGAUCCCACCACUGGAGACAUCCCCUGGCCUGGAGUCAUCUUUGGCAUCUCCACCCUCUCCUUGUACUACUGGUGCACCGACCAGAUUUUUGUCCAGGGCUGCCUGGCAGGGAAGAACAUGUCUCAUGUGAAAGGCGGCUGUGUCUUGUGUGGGUACCUGAAGCUGCUGCCCAUGUUCAGCAUAGUGAUGCCGGGGAUGAUAAGCCGCGUCCUGUACACAGAUAGAGUGGCGUGUGUUGUGCCUUCAGAGUGUGAAAAGUACUGUGGCGCCAGAACUGGCUGCAGCCCUCUCGCCUACCCCGUGCUGGUGGUGGAGCUGCUGCCCAGUGGUAAGAACGUUCGAGGCUUGAUGGUGUCCGCACUCUGGGCCUCUCUCAUGUCCUCCCUGACUUCUGUUUUCAGAGGUGCCAGUGCCAUGUUCACAAUGGACAUCUACACCCAGAUACGGCCGAUGGCCACUGAAAAAGAACUCAUGCUAACAGGAAGGUUUUUUGUUAUAAUCUUACUUGCUGUCUCCAUUGCAUGGGUCCCUGCUAUACAAAUGGCACACAGGGAACAACUAUUUGAAUACAUGCAAGCAGUUUUAAGUUACCUGACGCCGCCCAUUGCUGCCAUCUUCCUGCUUGCCAUAUUUUGCAAGAGAGUCACUGAGAAGGUAGGUGGGAGUUGGGUGCCUUCUGCGGGGCUGACUGGUGGACUUCUGAUUGGCUUCUGCCGCAUGGAGUCCGAGUUUGCCUACGGGGCCUGGAGCUGCUCGACAAACAACAGGUGCCCUCGGAUCAUCUGCGGCGUGCACUACCUCUACUUUGCCGUCAUCCUCUUCACCAUCAGUCUUUUCACCGUCGUGGGGAUCUCCUUGUUCACAGACCCGAUUCCGGAUAAACAUCUACACCGCCUCUGUUGGAGUUUAUGGAACAGUCAAGAGGAAAGGGUCGAUCUGGACAAAGACACACAAGGGAAGAGCUCCGCACCGCAGGCACGGCCAGACGUAUUUGAGGAGGCCAGGAGCUGCCUCUGGAAGGCCUGGGACGUUUUCUGCAGCCUGGAGCCACUGCCAGGCCCCAGACUCGCCCCGGAAGAGGCAGUCCUGCAGAAGAUGGAGUGUGGUGACACGGAAGGGACACAGCACAGUGCCACGUCUGAAGGGACAGAGAAGCGUGACAUGCUGGAAGGAACAAAGCUCCGAGACAUGCCAGAGAUGUCCCACUGGAGAAAAGUGCCCGACGUCUGCGGGUUCCUCUUGGUAUCGCUCACAGUGCUCUGUCACUUCUACUUCUCCUAG